AUGAGCAAACGGCAAAAUCCAUCCGAUUUUUUGAAGCAGAUCAUCGGAAAGCCGGUAGUAGUGAAGUUGAACUCUGGCGUUGAUUAUCGAGGAAUCCUCGCAUGCCUGGAUGGGUUCAUGAACAUUGCGCUAGAACAAACCGAGGAAUAUGCGAACGGGCAACUACAGAACAAGUAUGGUGACGCGUUCAUUCGCGGAAACAACGUGCUCUACAUCUCUACGCACAAACGA